AUGUACGAAUAUUGUUCAGUUAUAAUCAAGAAAUACUCCAAAUACACAGUUCCUCCUAUCGCUCCAAAAGGGUUUUAUUCCCUACUGGAACCUCCUCAGUUAGAUAAAUGGCAACAUCUUUCAACCAACUGUACUCUCCAAUUUCAAAUUCUACUAGAGGACUCGGGACAAGUUGUUAUUCAUGUGAUUCUUAAUAAUUCAACUCUCCUAGAACAUAUUCGGCUGCCGCUAGGAAAUAACCAUGAUUUGAUACAAUUUUCAUCCAAAUGCCCUAUAAUCUCAUGUAAGUACAUUUCCGAAGAAUAUGGACCUAAAAUGUUGAGAAGAUUUCAGAUAAUUUUACCAAGUGAUCUUGAAUUUAACCGGAUUGUCGUUUGCUUGAGAAAUCUUAAUUUCAUUAUGAGAACAGCCAAGACUUCAAUAGCUCAAAAUACCAUAAAAAACCAGGUAUUGGACAAUAGUAACAAUAAGAGAGCUGAGGUCAGUGAAGAUAAUAAUCUUGGCACUUAUUCGAAUUUCAACACACAAUUUCAAACGCAAAAUAUGAUAAUGGACUUCAGUCAACGUUACCAGGAAGAAUCGGAGAGAGAACUAAGCAAUCGUCCAAAUAGAACUUUACCACACCGUAAUUUUUCAAUGGUUCAACAAAGCUUUCCAAACGCAGAUGUAAGUGUGGAGCAGUUUUCACAGGACUUCAAUACCCCAUUGGCUAGUCAAGCUGUUCCAAGUCGACCUGAGCAACUGAGUGUGAAGUUAGCAGAGGCUCCUCAAGGCCUGCCAAACGUUACUAAUUGUUCCUCUGAUGCAGCAAGGGAAAAAAAGAACACACCUAUCUCUGUUGAUUUACCUUUGGGAAAGGACAUUACCUCGUGCAAUACUAACUUAUCUCACCUCGUUAAUUUACCAAGGGAGGACCUAGAAAAGGAAGAAAACAUUGAGGGCACUGGUUUAGUCACAACACCGGCAAUGAGACGCAAUAUAGAAGGACAAAAUGUAACGAAACAAGAUGCCAGUAACAGGGAAAAGGUCGACAAUAAGCUAAGCGGUUCCCAAGAAACGGAGAAUGCAAAUAUAUCUCAAAGAAAUACAAAAAUAUCAUCGAGUGGUUCAAAUAACAGAAAGGAGGCAGACAGCGCUUUAACUCAAGAGGUUAUGAUGGGCGUCGCAAAGACUUACAGAAAUGCAUCAAGAAAAAUAUCUAAGCGGCUAAUCAAGGAGAAGUUGAAGGACGAAGAAUUUAUGAAAUGGGUUAAUAAGGUUGAAACAGUCCUCAGUAAAAUGUUCGAAAAGUGA